AUGUUCACACUGAAGGAACUUGCCCGCUGGUUGGGGCUGACAGUUUUCGAGAUGUUUGUGGACGUACUAGCAGUGAUGAUCUUCUCUGUGAUGGUUGUGUUGAAGUUGGACAAUGCAUUAGAUAUCUCUUGGUGGACGGUGUUUGUGUCCCUGUUCAUCUGCGACGGACUAAACGCCUACUUCUGCGUCAUCGUUUUCAUACGGCAGUACUUAGAAGGCAUCUACAAAGCUGGUGCGUUUCGUGCCCUUUGGAGCUUCGUUCAGCUACUACUUAUGUUCUUAUUCAAGCUUCUGUUGUGCCUCAAGCUAGAAGGACAGAGACAUUUAGUCUACUCAGAAGUGUUUAGCCCGCUUUUCAUAUUCCUCAUGUUAGUCAUGGUGCGUGCCUGUCAGCUGCAUUAG